UGGUGGGGCGUGCCUUUAUAUAACCGUAUUUCUUCAUCCUUCUUCCACUCUCUCUGCCCCUUUAAAUUUUUUUUCUUCUUCUUAAGUUCAUUUUCAAGUCUCAUUCUCAAUCUAUUCUGUCCUCGGGAUUUGGUCCAAAAGACACCCAAACUCCAAAUCCCCCUUUUGUUUUCUAGGAGCUAGCUAAAAGGGUUCCAAUUCCCGAGGAUAAAGCUUUGAUUUUUCUAGUGUUUUUUGGUCUUUUCCUGUCUCUUCUCUUUGUCUUUUUCUAUUAUUGACCCUUUUCUUCGUGUUGGAGAUCGCUGAACUUUGGACUACAAUACCUGCAACUUCCUCUUGAUCACUUGUCUGCCACCUUGAGUCUGUACUGUGCUGGCAAAUAUUAACUCUACUCAGAUCUGUUCAUUUGGAAAUUAAGGCUUGUUUCAUCAAACAAGGGACUGGAUCGAAGGAGACAUUGAAAUUGAAUUGCAAGACCAAGAUUUCGAGAAAAAGUGAGUUAUAUUAUAUAAGGACCUCAGAAAAAUCCAUUUUCAUCAAUGAACUUUAAGGCGUCACCCAUAUUUUUUGGUUAUAUAUAGUACAUUUGAGUGAGAGAUCAUGAAUUCCUUGUCACAUGUUCCUCCGGGUUUCCGGUUUCACCCAACUGAUGAAGAACUUGUUGAUUAUUACCUUAGGAAGAAAAUCACCUCCAGAAGGAUUGACCUUGAUGUCAUUAAAGACAUCGAUCUCUACAAAAUUGAGCCAUGGGAUCUUCAAGAAUUAUGCAGAAUGGGGGCAGAAGAACAGAGUGAUUGGUACUUUUUCAGCCACAAAGACAAGAAAUAUCCAACAGGAACAAGAACAAAUAGAGCAACAGCAGCAGGAUUCUGGAAGGCAACAGGAAGGGACAAGGCAAUAUAUUCAAAGCACGACUUGAUUGGCAUGAGAAAGACAUUGGUGUAUUAUAAAGGGAGGGCUCCAAAUGGUCAAAAAUCUGACUUUAUUAUGCAUGAAUACCGACUUGAGACUGAUCCAAAUGGUGCUCCUCAGGAAGAGGGAUGGGUUAUCUGUAGAGUGUUCAAGAAGAAAAUAGCUGCUGGCAUGAGAAUGGACACUAGUGAACAUGGGUCACCCAUUUGGUACGAUGAUCAACUUUCAUUCAUGCAAGACAUGGACUCCCCCAAGCUAAUACACCCUCAAAUUAAUUACAACCAUUAUCCUAAUAAUUACCCUAAUUUCAAGAAGGAACUCGAUAAUUUGCACUACCAAAUCCCACCUCAUAAUCCUCAUCAUCAAUUUCUUCAACAACUUCCUCUUUUAGAAACUAAUUCCAAACUUGUGGCAAAACCUCCUGGUUGCAGCUCAAUGCCAAUAUUUGGCAAUCUUAACGUUAAUCGACCCGCAUUGCUCACACAAGAACAUGUUCAUCCUACAUUUGCAAAUAAUGACAACCAAGUUGCAGAUCAAGUGACUGAUUGGCGAGUACUUGACAAAUUUGUAGCUUCUCAACUUAGCCAAGAAGAUGAAAAUAAUAACUAUUCACCAAAUGCACCAAACACAUUUCAGGUUACGGGAGAUGAUAUGAAUUUGAACAAGCAAGAAAUGGCUCCGGAAAAUACCUCUACAGCAUCCUCAAGUUCUCAAAUUGAUUUGUGGAAAUGAAGUCAAGUGAAUCCACCUAAUAAUAAUAAGUUACUGCUCAACAAUAUGAAUAUUAUCAUAGGAUGAAUUAAGUAAGUACAGUACCUUAUUGAUUGAAAAAUAUCUGAAGAUAUAUAUGUGUACAUUAUAAAUUUAUAGAAAUUGUACGACAUUUCUAAUUGUAUUUAACUUAAGAUCGAUGAUAAUUAACUGAUAGUUCUGAAGCUAUAAAUUGCAGCUGGAUGAUGCUGCAUGGCAUUGUAAUUUGCAGCAUUAUUAUGUAAAACAUAUGGCUAUAUAUCUUUGCUAUGGUCAUAGCGGUUUGCUUUUU